UAUUCAUCAUCUUUUUGGGGGGGGUCACACGUUGGGGAAGGGAACAUGAGUAGAGUAUAUAACCUCUAAAACACACCUAUUCAUCUUCAUCACGUGAAUCCAGGAGUCAUGGUUUGUGAAGGAAGUGCUGCUCUUUUCACUGCUCUAGUCCAGUAGGGGUCUAAUGAUUUAUCCUGAGCGCUUACACAGGAUGCUGGAAACAGGGCAUCCUUCUUGUGACGUCAUCAGCUGCAUCCUCAUCUCGCGCUUUCUCUGUAUAUCUCUCACUGACAUCCAGUCUCUCCAGAAGUCUUCUUCAUCAGCUGUGUUCGGGAAAUAAUACCACAUAUUCAGCAUCAUAUUGUUAUUCUUCACGUGCAUUGAUCAGGUAAGCAUUUUAUUCAGCCAAUUUAAAAAGAUGGCUGCCCAGGAAGUGCAGCCGAGUGAGACCAUAGCGAAGCUGAAAUCCGAGUCGGAGACGCUGAAGACGAAGCUCGAGGAGGAGAGGGCCAAGCUGCAUGAUGUGGAGUUGCACCAGGUGGCAGAGAAGGUGGAGUCUCUCGGCCAAUUUGUUAUGAAGACCAAAAGAACUCUGAAAGGACAUGGCAAUAAAGUGCUUUGCAUGGACUGGUGUAAAGACAAGAGGAGAAUUGUGAGCUCAUCCCAGGAUGGAAAGGUGAUUGUGUGGGAUGCGUUUACAACCAACAAGGAGCAUGCAGUAACCAUGCCAUGCACAUGGGUGAUGGCCUGUGCAUACGCCCCUUCUGGAUGUGCAGUAGCGUGUGGUGGUCUUGACAACAAGUGUUCUGUGUACCCACUAUCCCUGGAUAAAAAUGAGAACCUGGCAGCGAAGAAGAAAUCCGUGGCAAUGCACACCAAUUAUUUGUCAGCAUGCAGCUUCACCAACUCAGACAUGCAGAUCCUGACAUCGAGCGGUGAUGGAACAUGUGCAAUAUGGGAUGUGGAAAGUGGGCAGCUGCUCCAGAGUUUCCAUGGACAUGCAGCUGAUGUGCUUUGCCUGGACCUCGCUCCCUCUGAGACCGGCAACACCUUUGUGUCUGGGGGUUGUGAUAAAAAGGCAAAUGUUUGGGAUAUGCGCUCGGGACAGUGCGUCCAGUCCUUCGAGACCCACGAGUCAGAUAUAAACAGUGUGCGAUACUAUCCGAGUGGGGACGCGUUUGCCUCCGGCUCAGAUGAUGCUACUUGCCGUCUGUAUGACUUGAGGGCUGAUAGAGAGGUGGCAAUUUAUUCCAAGGAAAGCAUCAUAUUCGGAGCUUCCAGUGUAGACUUCUCUCUCAGUGGCAGACUACUAUUUGGUGGCUACAACGACUACACCAUCAACGUGUGGGACGUUCUAAAGGGGACCCGUGUAUCUAUUUUAUUCGGACAUGAGAACAGAGUCAGCACUCUCCGAGUCUCUCCUGACGGGACGGCGUUCUGCUCGGGGUCCUGGGACCACACUUUACGGGUCUGGGCUUGAACAGCAGCUUGCGUUGGCUGCUUGGUUCUCUCUGGCAUUGACAUCGACAGAAACAUUCAGUUAAACAAUUAUUAACUUCGUGUUGGAUUUAUAAGAAAUGCACAGAAGAGUAGAACAGGGUUGAAGACAGACGGUAGUCUAGACAGACAAGAGCACAAUGUUGUUUCUUUUGGGUUUGUUUAAUUGUUUUUUUGUUUUUUUUUUGAUAAAUAUAGGACCAAAAUUCGUCCAGAAACACUAGCUGUGUCGGAAAUCACAUAUUAUAGGUUAUUUAUCAAAAGUAAAUUCUUCUUGCUAAUACAUAAAGUGCAUGCCGUUGAGGGGAUUUCAUUUCACACUACUUCUCUGUGUUUAUAUGGCACCUGGAAACGACAAAUUAAAGUCUGAGAAUAGAAUAAAUCAUUAUAUAAAUAGAAUCGAUUGUAAGACAUUUGUUUUAGAUUUACAAUUUAAAGGGUUAGUGACCUGGUUUUGUAAUGAACGUAAAUAGACUGAUGGAUCAUAUUAAAAAAGGCAAUGUAAUACAAGAAAGUAUUAGUUUUUAGCUUUACCUACACACUUCAUAUCUAUCAACUCAAUACUUAUAACACGUAACUCUGUAACUGGCCAUUUUGUAAUGUCUAGGCAAAAAAUAUUAAUGAUAUACACUAUAGGUCAUUAAGCAUAUCUUAAUUGCAAAUGUAUCUCUGUCUUGUGAUAAUGUCUUUCGAACACAGAUGGUGAGACGAACUUCACUUACCGCUGUGCAGCUAUUUGUAGGAGGCUUGUGUGCUCAUUUACAAUUUUCAAUUCUAGUCUGAAAUAGCAAAGCAGCCAGUUGGAAGGGCAGAGUUGUUUUUUUUUUGUUUUUUUUUCAGUGCAGAUCGUUCAUCUAAUAUGCAAACAAUCCCUACUCAGUUAUCAUGUGCUCUUUGACAUACUGUAUAUCGGUCUGAAGUAAUAAUUGCACUAUAGGAACAGUUACUAACUGUAGCGAAAUGUAUAUAUAAUAUUUGUCCACAAUAAUAAUAGUGUCAUCAUGAAAGAGAAAUAAAUGGGUUUUACAUA